AUGCUAAGAAAUAUAGUGAGACGUCGAAAAGGUCUCUUUCCUGUCAGUCGAGUAUACUCCACCUCCAAUUCCUUCAGAACAGCUGUUGAAGCUGCUGAAAAAUUAGUCUCACCACCAGCUCCAACAAAAUUCCAAGAUCCAUUCUCUAUUGUCAGCCAUGAAAUGUCGAACUUAGCCAAGUCGAUUGCCAGCUUAAUUGGAUCAGGACACCCGACGUUGAAUAGAAUCAGUUCAUAUUACUUUGAGGCCGAAGGAAAGAAUGUUCGACCUUUGAUAGUGUUGAUUUUAAGUAAGGCGUUGCUGAAAAUACCAUUACUGGAACGUCAGAGGAUAAAAAUCGACGAUUAUGAUGUCACUGAGCAAGAGCAUAUCAAGGGUACACCACAGCCUGGUCAAGAGUCUAUUGCUGGGUAUAGUGUCGAUGAUAGCUUGAGUCCGUUAAAUAUUUUGCAUGGCAUAAACCCUAAAAUCAUUUUGGACCCUUUGAGUAAGCCGAUGGAUAAACUACCCGAAAUGGAUAAAAAGAAUGGUAUUUUGCCAAAGCAAAGAAGGUUGGCAGAGAUUGUGGAGAUGAUCCACACUGCCAGUUUGUUGCAUGAUGAUGUCAUUGAUUUGUCCGAUUCAAGAAGAGGGAGACCUAGUGGUAACAUUGCAUUCACCAAUAAAAUGGCGGUCCUUGGAGGUGAUUUCUUAUUGGGAAGAGCUUCUGUUGCCAUUGCUAGAUUGAGAAAUCCCGAAGUUAUCGAAUUGUUAAGUACUACAAUUGCAAACUUGGUAGAGGGGGAGUUCAUGCAAUUGAAAAAUACUGUUUUGAGCAAUAGUGCCGAUGAGAUUAUAGAUAAUGAUGGAGAAAAGAAAAAAGUUCCGGACGCAACGGGUAAAGUCCCUACUGAAAAGCACGAAUACUCCGUCAAUGAGGAUGAUAUUGUCGACCACGAGACGAAUGUCCAAGCAGCGUUUGAGUACUAUCUACACAAGACGUACUUGAAAACAGCCUCGUUGAUGUCGAAAUCGUGUCGAGCUGCGGCAGUGUUAAGUGGUGCCCAAGACGACAUCAUUGAAAACUGCUAUCAAUUUGGACGUAAUUUAGGAUUAUGUUUCCAAAUAGUCGAUGAUAUGUUGGAUUAUACCAGUUCUGACAAAGCAUUUGGUAAGCCAAGUCAAGCAGAUUUGAAAUUGGGAUUGGCAACUGCCCCAGUAUUGUUUGCAUGGAAGCAGGAACCAAAGUUGGGAGAAUUGAUUGCAAGAAAAUUCAGUGAACCGGGCGAUGUUGAAAUUGCUCGUGGUGCUGUAGAGAAAUAUCAAGGUGUCGAGCAGACAAGAGAAAUGGCGGCAAAGUACUGUAGGGAUGCAUUGGCAAACUUGCGUAUUUUGCCUGAAUCUGAUGCGAGAAGUGCUUUAGAAUUGUUGACAAACUCAGUCUUGACUAGGUCUAAUUAG